GUUUUACCGGCUCGGGCAGACGGUUUCCGGGACUGGGCGGUCGUUGUGUUGGGAGGAGUCAGUCCCACAUACCUGGCAACAUCCACCGUCGCUUUGUUAACGCUUCAUUGAGCCAAGAUGGCAGAUUUCGAAGAGCUCAGCGAUGAAGAGAAGGUCCGUAUCGCAGCUAAUUUUGUGAUGCAUGCUCCUCCAGGAGAGUUCAAUGAAGUUUUCAACGAUGUGCGACUCCUGCUCAACAAUGAUAAUCUCCUCAGAGAGGGUGCAGCUCAUGCCUUUGCCCAGUACAACAUGGAUCAGUUCACCCGUGCCAAAAUUGAUGGAUAUGAAGAGCCGGUUCUGAUAACAGAGCAUGGAGACCUGGGUAAUGGCCGUUUCUUUGACCCCCACAACAAGAUCUCCUUCAAGUUUGACCACCUGAGGAAGGAGGCCAGCGAUCCUCAGCCCCAUCAGGGCGAGGCAGCCCUCAGCUCAUGGAGAGAUGCUUGUGACUCUGCUAUUAGGGCAUACGUCAAGGAGCACUACCCCAGUGGAGUCUCCACCGUUUAUGGGAAAACAAUUGAUGGCCAGAAGACCAUUAUCGCUUGUAUCGAGGGCCAUCAAUAUGAGCCUAAAAACUUCUGGAACGGUCGCUGCCGGUCUGAGUGGAAGUUCAGUGUCUCACAGCCUACAGCACAGGUUGCCGGAGUCUUGAAAAUACAGGUACAUUAUUAUGAGGAUGGAAAUGUGCAGCUGGUCAGCCAUAAAGAUGUACAGAAAUCACUGACUGUGUCUAACGAGAGCCAGACUGCAAAGGAGUUAGUAAAAAUUAUUGAAGAUGCAGAAAAUGAGUACCAGGUGGCCAUCAGUGAGAACUAUCAGACCAUGUCAGACACCACAUUCAAAGCCUUACGUCGACAACUCCCAGUCACCCGGACCAAGAUUGACUGGAACAAGAUCCUGAGCUACAAGAUUGGCAAGGAGAUGCAGAAUGCUUAGAGGAGAGGGUCCGCUGGGGUUACAACAAACUGAUUGGGAUUGGGAAACUGGUAGCUGCGCAAACAUGUGUGAUGCAACCUAAUGUACUGUAUGUCCUUCCAGAGAAUUACAGUUUUUGUUCAGCACUAAGAGGGGAUGCCUUUAUUUUAAAAUGACAUUGGUCUAACUGUUGCUCAUUUGUAAACUUUUUUUUUUAAACUAAUAAUGCCUUUAGUGACACUGUGAAAGUUUGGCUGGUCUCUGCCAUUCAAAUUCUCACAUAUACGAUGUACACAGAGUGGCUCUGGUCCCUCAGUGUUUCAAACAGACACAUGACCUCCAUAAAGCUCCUUGAUUUCCAUGUAGCAACUUACACUUUCUAUAUAGCUAGAGUCCUCUAAGAGCUUCCUUACCUCUAUAGUUUUCUUUUUCUUUUUUUUUAACAGAGGGAAACUAUUAUAUGCAAUUUGAAAUGUUACCCAACUGGAGAAUAUAGCAUUCCUUUGGUUGUAGCCAGCAGGAAUACUAAAGUACAUCUUUUCUUGUCCCAUUCCUAGACACAGUCUUUUACCUGUCAUAGUUUAGCUCUUCUAUUUCUCUCAGGUACUGAGAGAUGACUUGAGUGAUAUUACUUUCCCCUGGCAUGAUAAAGUAUUGGUGUCCUCUUGCCAGCUGUUUGCCUUUAGCUCCUGCUAUAUUUUUUUAUACAAACUGUAAGUACAUUUAUUAUUCAUGAAAUAAAAACAUUGCACAAAACA